UCUCACCUAUCUCAACUACAAAAUCUUUUCCUUUUAAUUUAAUGAAAAGGGAGGGGAAUAAACAAGAAAGAGAAAAGAACGGAGAGACCUUUGGAGAGAAGGGAGGGACGUUUGGAGAGAGGAUGAGCAGCUGCUAUAUUUGUACUAUUUAUAUGAACAAAAAAUUGCGUUUUGAUUAAUGCAUGAAGGAUCCGAAGUCCCUGGAUUGAAUUCCACAAUACCCACGUUGUAUUUGAUCGAAGUCUUCACUGGGUUCUGUCUCAUUUUCUGGAUAAGAAAAUAUGGAACCAGAUCUAGGUAAGGUCUUCAUUGGUGGGAUUUCCUGGGACACGGAUGAAAAUGGCCUUAAAGAAUAUUUUACUUCACAUGGAGAAGUGGUGGAGGCAGAGAUCAUGAGAGAUCGCAUCACAGGUCGUGCUCGCGGUUUUGGUUUUGUUGUCUUUGCUGAUCCUGUUGUUGCGGAAAGAGUGGUUAAGGAGAAGCACAUUAUUGAUGGUCGAGCAGUUGAAGCAAAGAAGGCUGUUCCAAGGGCUGAGCAUAUUCUGAACAAUAACAGCAUUCAAGGAUCUUCAGGUCCUGGGCGAACAAAAAAGAUUUUUGUCGGAGGCUUAGCAUCUACUGUGAAAGAGAGCGACUUUAAAAUAUACUUUGACCAGUUUGGUACCAUUACUGAUGUCGUAGUGAUGUAUGAUCACAACACCCAGAGGCCAAGAGGCUUUGGAUUCAUCACUUAUGAUUCAGAGGAAGCAGUGGAUAGGGUGCUGUAUAAAACCUUUCAUGAACUGAAUGGUAAAAUGGUUGAGGUCAAGCGGGCAGUUCCCAAAGAACUAUCACCAGGGCCCAACAAGAGCCCUUUGCUUGGUUAUAACUAUGGUUUUAUUAAGGCUAACAGCUUCCUUAAUAGCUAUGCUCAGGGUUUUAAUAUGAGCUCAGUCGGAGGCUACGGAGUCAGGAUGGAUGGUAGAUUUAAUCCGGUUAGUGGUCGUAAUGGGUUCUCUCCUUUUGGCUCUCCUAGUUACGGAGUGGGCGUGAAUUUGGACCCAGUGUUGAGCCCGAGCUUUGGAGGGAACUCCAACUUUAAUAACAAUCUUGGAUAUGGGCAGCUUUUGAGUCCUUGUUAUAAUGGCAAUUCAAACAGAUAUAACACUCCUAUUGGUUAUGGUGCUGGCAAUGGCCGUAAUGGUUACCUUUUAAGCUCAUCAGCUCGGAAUAUGUGGGGAAAUGCUGGCCUUAACAAUGUUACUAAUUCUGCUAGCACUGGUGCUUACUUGGGCUUUGGAAGUGGGAGUUUUGGAGUCUCUAGAAGUGGAGCAAGUUGGGCUUCUCCUAUUAAUGCUCAAGGUGGCAGGAUUACUUCUGGCCAUGCCAAUGGAACUGCUGGAUACGCGGCUGGAGAAAACAGCUAUGAGUUAGGUGGUGUAUUUGGAAAAAACAGUGGCACAAGUGUAUCUCGAACAUCAUCAUUUGCUGCCUCAAACGGUGCUUAUGAGGGGUCCUAUGGGGACUUGUAUUCCAGUGGUUCGGCAUUUAGUGAUCCAACUUGGCCAUCUACAUCUUCUGAGCUAGAUGGUUCUGCUUCAUUUGGUUAUGGGCUCAGCAAUGCAGCAGAUGUCACAGCCAAAGGUUCUGAGGGUUAUAUUGGAGAUUAUAGUACUGCAGUUAGACAAUCAAAUAGAGGAAUUGUGGCAUAGAAGAUUUCUUAUUGGCAUCUCAGAAGGUGAUUUUAGGUGAAGUGAUUAUAAUGAAACAGGUUGAAGGAAUGAAUUCCAGACAUAUCCCUCAUCAACUUAUAUAUAAAUAUGUAUCAGCUUAUAAGGAAUUUCAGACAUGAAUGAAAAGAAUUCUUUUUGAAGGUUUGAGGUACUGAUUUUUGUAUAACCUGCUUCCCUUUCUUGGCAAUUGAUUGAGAUGUAAGUCAGAUUUCGGGAUGUACAUGGAAAUAUCCACUCCAAUUAACCGCGGUAUUCAUCUCUCCAGCAAGAUGGUGCCACUGGCCGUAAUUAAAAAAAUCAUAUUGAUUAUAUAUAUCUAUAUAUAUAUAUUUAUUUAUUU